ACUUUUCACUCUUUUGUCAAUAAAAAUUCCUCAGUGCCAUUCUGACAGGACUGUUCUUGUUCUUUACAUGUAGUUUUUUUCUUUAAUUUACUUGGAGGAAAUAGUUUUAAAAUGUUUCUAAAGAGAUGGAGCAUUAUCAGUUAACAGAAUCUGCAUGAGAAGGAUGAAAAAGCUGUCACAAUAUGGACCAAAUUGCUGAUGAAGUAAAAACAGACUUCAGAGGACUCCUCCCAGAGUCGGUUCCAUCAUUACAGGCUGAAAUCCAUCAUUUCCAGCCAAGCUUCAGUGCUCAGAGCGGCAGCAAUGUGGUCGCUCCCUCCAUCACUGGCUCUUGCAUUGGCAGUGUCAACAUUAAUAUAUCCAUGAACAAAGGAAGCAAUGACUUCUCCAGAAAAUCUUCAAAUGAAGACGUUACAGGUAGCUCUGGUGUUCAGCAGAUCCAAAAUAAAAUUGCAGAGUGUCAACAGAAAGUGAAAAUGACCUUGAGGAGGAAGUUCAGUCAUUUGCAUGAGGGAAUUGGGACAGAUGCAAAUAAGAUGUCUCUCAAUCAAAUCUACACAGAGCUUUAUCUCACAGAGGGAGGAUGUGGGGAAGUUAAUAAAGAACACGAAGUGAGACAGAUUGAGAUUGUAUCAAAAAAAUGUGUAACCCAGGAGAAAUCCAUCCACUGCAACUCCUUGUUUGAACGUCAACCAGGAGAACGCCACAUAAGAACUGUUGUCACAAGGGGAGUCGCUGGUAUUGGAAAAACUGUAUUGGUCAGUAAGUUUGCUCUCGACUGGGCUGAUGGGAAGGCAAACGCAAGCAUAGAUGUUGUGUUUUCUCUGUCUUUCCGGGAGCUAAAUCUAAUGAGUAAAAAAAGCUUCAGUCUUGUGGAACUCCUCUGCGUCUUUUUCCCAGAAAUAAAAGACACAGGAAUCCUUAACUGUUCUGAAAAGAAAAUCCUUUUCAUUCUGGAUGGUCUGGAUGAGAGUCGCCUCUCUCUGGACUUUCACAGAAGUGAAAUAAUGUCAGAUGUUGCACAGCCAACAACAGUAUCUGUAAUCAUGACAAACCUGAUCAGGGGAGGUCUGCUUCCCUUGGCUCUAGUCUGGAUUACAUCCCGACCCGUUGCUUCUGCUCAAAUCCCACUUGAGUAUAUCGAUCUGUUUACUGAGGUCAGGGGAUUUAACAACUCACAGAAAGACGAGUACUUCAGGAAGAAGAUUUCAGACCAAACCACAGCAAACAGCGUGAUCGCACAUGUGAAAUCCUGUAGAAGCCUCCACAUCAUGUGUCACAUACCAGUCUUCUGUUGGAUGGCAGCGAGUGUUCUUGAGAAGAAACUGGCAAAUAAAGACACCAAAGACACGCCUAAGAGUCUGACACAGAUGUACAUCAAUUUCCUUUCCCUCUAUGUGGAGAAUAUGAAGAACAAAAUGCCUGGAAGAAGAAACUCUACCACUGACUGUGUGAGAACUAAUCUCCUGGCAUUGGGUAAACUCGCUUUCAAAGAGCUUGAAAAGGGCCACCUGAUCUUCUAUGAGCGCGACCUCAUCCUUAAUGGCAUCAAAGUGUCUCAGGCAUCCAUGUUUUCAGGAAUCUACACGCAGAUCUUCAGCCAGGAGAUUACACUGUGUGAAGAGAAGAUGUUUUGCUUUUUGCACUUGAGCAUUCAAGAAUUCUUUGCAGCGCUGUACGUCUACCUCACUUUCCACAAUGAGAAUAACAAUGUUUUGGUCAAAAAGUCAUCUGCGUCACGUCGAUUUCUGUCCAGAGAGUCAUCAGAGCUCAUCCUCUACAAAGAAGCUGUAGAAAAGGCAUUGCAGUGUGAAAAUGGGCAUUUUGACAUAUUUCUGCGCUUCCUUUUGGGUUUAUCAAUGGAGUCCAAUCAGACGCUGUUGGAGCACCUAAUGACGAGCAAUAGAACACAUCAAAGAACAAGAACUGAAGUCAUUAAACACAUAAAGGAAAGGAUAAGGGCGAGCUCAUCUCCUGACAGAUGCCUCAACCUGUUUCACUGUCUGAAUGAGCUGAAUGAUGACACUCUUGUUGGAGAAAUUCAGGACAUCUUCAACUCAGGCGUUUUGAACCAAAGUACUCUUUCACCUGCUCAGUGGGCCACUCUGAUCUUUGUAUUGCUGACCUCAGAAGAGGAGAUUAGUGUUUUUGAUCUGAGCAACUACAUGAGGUCAGAGGAGGGGCUCCUGAGACUAAUGCCUGUUGUGAAAACAGCUCAAGUGGCAAAUUUAAAGGCAUGUAACCUCACUCCAAUGUGCUGUGAAAAUCUGGCCAAUGGCAUCAGCUCAUCCCAACUCAGAGAGCUGGACCUGAGUAACAAUUGUCUCACAGAUUCAGGCCUAAAGCAACUCUCUGAUGGACUGAAAAACAGCAAACUGCAGACACUAAGACUAAGAAGCUGCGGCCUAACAGAGGACAGCGCUAUUACUUUAGCAUUUGUUAUCAGCUCCACCUGUUGUCAGCUCAAAGAACUGGAUCUUACCGACAAUGACUUUCAGGACCCAGGAGUUCGAAAGUUCUCCACUGGACUAGGAAGUUCUUUCUGCAAACUGGAGCAACUUCGUCUCUCAGGAUGCAGAGUAACAGAAGAAGGUUGCACAUUCCUGGCAUCUGCACUGAAUUCAUCCCACCUGAAAGAGCUCGACCUGAGCUACAACCAUCCAGGAAAUUCUGGCCUGAUGCUGCUUUCAACUCUGCUGGAAGACCCUCAGUGCACACUGCAGAAACUUUGUGUGGAGCAAUGUGGGGAAUCCAGGAUCCAACCUGGUCCCAAGAAAUACCUGAAGACACUGAUGCUGGACCCAGACACGGCACACAGGGAUAUUUCUCUUUCCAAUGGAAACCAAAAAGCAACACGUUGGAUCAAGCAGUCGUAUCCCGAUCACCCAGACAGGUUUGAUUUCAGGGCUCAGGUGUUGUGCAAGGAGGGACUGACUGGGCGCUGCUACUGGGAGGUAGAGUGGGUCGGGAGGGUCUGCAUCGCUGUGGCCUACAGACGGAUAUCCAGGAAAGGGGAGAGUCCAGACUGCUGGUUAGGCCACAACCACGUCUCCUGGGGCUUGAACUGCCAUAAAGACGGCUACAGGAUUCUGCAUGGGGACAUGAAUGAUGUGGUGCCUGUGACAGUCAACUCCAAUAAAGUAGGAGUUUACCUGGAUUGGACGGCAGGGGCACUUUCAUUUUUUAGGGUCUCCUGUGGUGACCUAACUCUCCUCCAUACCUUCUACACCACCUUCACUGAACCCGUCUAUCCGGGGUUCCACCUUGGCUGGGUGGACUCUACUGUCCUUUUACGCUAAACCAGGAUCUUUCCUGAGAAAUCUCCCGUUCUGGGAAAACCAGGCUCUGCAGCUCCUACCUGAACCAAGUGCGCUGACUGUUUUAUGCUGUAGAGCAGGCAUCCCCAACCACGGUCCUCGAGGCCCGCUGUCCUGCAGGUUUCAGAGGUUUCCUUGCUCCA